CAUCACUGUUUCGAGUUUCGACUUUCAAAGUUAGAAACUCCAUUUUCUUUGGAAUUGUGUUGUUUAGUGUUAAAAAUAAACCAAUCGUGUUUAAAAAUUGUGAACUAGUGUUUUUUAUCUUGACAAUUGAAAAUAUCCAAAACAUUAUUUAAAUUGACGGAUGGUGAUAACGACCUUGCAGAAUAAAGCUUGCUCUGCAUUUGUAUUGGUGCGUAAAACGUAAAAUAAUAUAUUAUCCAUAUCUAAGCAAGCUUAAGUUGUGAAUGUUUUAAAAGUAAGUGAUUCAAUGGAAUGUAUUUUGCAUGGAUGACGUAAAAGACUAAAAUUGCAAAGGUAUUAUGUAUACAUCUGUGUAUGGCGAAGACCACCUGGGUAUCAGGCUACAAAAUUUUAAAUUAUGUUUGGCACUACUGGUAUGGUAAGAAGUCCACAACAAGCGACCGGACAAGUCGCGCAAAAUGGUAGCACUACAUUUCCGAGAUCUCACCAUCAAAGAACAGGUAGACCACCAGCAGCACCUAAGUCAUAUGACUAUCUUUUAAAAGUGUUGCUUGUGGGUGACUCUGAUGUUGGGAAACAGGAGAUCCUACAGGACCUGGAGGAUGGGUCAGCCGACUCCCCAUUCUGCAGUGGUAGCGCAUAUAAAACAACAACAAUCCUUCUGGAUGGCAAAAGAGUAAAGUUGCAGCUGUGGGACACAUCAGGACAGGGAAGAUUUUGUACAAUCAUCCGUUCAUACUCUAGAGGAGCUCAGGGCAUCUUGCUUGUGUAUGACAUCACUAAUAAAUGGUCCUUUGACAGUAUUGACAGGUGGCUUGAGGAAGUUGAAAAGCACGCCCCUGGUGUACCGAAGGUGCUAGUUGGGAAUCGUCUGCACCUCGCGUUCAAACGACAAGUGCAAGAGCGAGACGCCGAGUUGUAUGCAGCUAAGAAUCACAUGGCAUUCUUUGAAGUGAGCCCGCUGUGUGACUUCAACAUACGUGAAAGUUUCUGCGAGCUGUCACGCAUGGCCCUGCAUCGGAAUGGCAUGGAGCGGCUGUGGAGAAGUAAUAAAGUUCUCAGUCUGCAAGAGCUGUGCUGUCGAGCUAUCGUUGCCCGGACAUCAGUCUACGGGCUGGAGCGACUGCCUUUGCCCGGGGCUCUCAAGUCCCACCUUAAGUCGUACGCCAUAUCGGCAGCCCCCACGCGGCACAGAGCACGACCCCACAAGCAUCCUCACCACGCCAGACUUAACUGCAGCGGCAGAAACUCGUGUCAGAUUGUUUAAUAUAUAACGAUAUAAUAUACUUACAUCAUUUAUACGUCUAGAUAGACAGAUGUGAAUACGUCGAAAAUCAGUUUGACGUAAUUCCAGAACAACAUUCCAAACCACAAUCAUGUCGAAAUUGAGUUAAGAACACAAAACUGGUCAGGUGAUUCAUAUUAUCGGACUGACAAAAAAUGGCAGCCCUACUGUGACUCUUUAAAUGUCAUCAUGACUUACGGCCUUUCCCAAUAUUGAGUCUAUCUCUUACUUGAGAUUAAAAUCGUAACUAUCGUUGUCUUUUCUGUCCCAAUAAACUUAUCGACGGUAACUCACCUUAUCCUUACCCGCUGUCUGUCAAUGGGACGACCGCGACGUAUAGCUUACCAGCGAUAGAAGUUUGUAUGGAAAUUUCAAUUCACGCGUCCCAAUAUAAGGCGAUAAGAAUGACUUAUCUGGUAUAUUGGGACAGAUUAUUGACAGCUGAUUAGUGACAGUAGAAGGUAGUAAUUUAUCUCUAUCUGUAGAUAGUAUAUUGGGAACGGCCGUUCGUAGCCCAACGCACAUGUAUGGAAUACACUAAUAUUUAUUUAACUUGAAACACGAAUUUCUUAAAAUGUGAUGUUUGUGGCUUGGAACGUUUUUCAGGAACUACGUCCAGUUUUGAGUUAACCUCUAUUUUGAGCAAUGCACGCACACAAACACAAAGUGCCAUACAAAUCGCGAGUGUUAGACGUAUCUUGUUUAGGUAUGAAACAUGGCCUGUUUUUUAUCGGUUGUCUAGCAGCAAGAGAUUCUAUCUAGACGUAUAAAUUCACUAAGCCACUAUUGUUAUAAUUCGAUAUCUUCUCGAGUGUGAAAAGCCUGCAAACAAGUAAUGACUAAUCACAUUUAUACUUAACUUUUUAUUUUUCGUUCCAUACAUUAGUUACGUCACACGAAAUCGUGAUUUUUAUGACCGGUCAUUGUCACAGCUGGUCACGUUUGUGAGAUGUACCACAUAUACCUAGUUAUCCUUUUUCACUUUUGUGACACAAUGUCGAUUUGUCGACUUGUCGUUUGACUUAGUGGGAAAGAACGUUUUUGUUUACAAAAAGACGUAUACAAAGAUAUACAGGUGUUAAUGUUCUGAAUAUCUGUAUUUCAUUAUCAUUUGAUUAUUUAAUUUAAAUUAAGCCGUUUGUUAGUGUUUAGUUACUUAAAACUAUGGUGUUGAGUAUGCCACAAACUUAUUUAUCGCUGUCUCGUAAUGACUUUCUAUACAUAUAGACAAAUCACGUCAUACAUAUAAAAACAAAGCCGAAAUAUAUAACAUGCAACAAAUUACUCUAUAAUAAACUUCUACUGCAAUAUCUAUACAUUGCCGCAUUUACUCCAGUUGUUUAAAAUGUUCUUGGUCAAUAAGCAGCAAUGUAAAAUGUCUAUUUAGUUUAGGUUCUGUAUGUUCAAUUUAGAACCCGAUUCGGAAAGUGACACACGACUAAGAAGAAAAGUGUACUUACAUUGUCUUUAAGGACACUUUUGCCGUUUCGCUAUCAGAUUGCGAAUGAUAUGUCCUUAUAUGUGGAUUGGAACGCAUCCAUGUUUUUGCAUUCCUUUAAAGUUAUAAUAGCGUUUUUUAUUUAACAAGCACACACAUUCAUAACACAGUUUAUGUGUAUUUUUUGAUAAAAAGAUCUAGCAUGCUAGCUUAGAAUCACUUUCAGAUUGUAAAAACGAAUCUUGUUUCGGCAAAUGUUUUGAUAAACAUGUUCGGAGGACGAGGAUGCAAGCAUUUGAAUUUAAUUAAUUAUUUCAAUUGGUCACUGACAUAUUUUAGCCUAAUUUCACCGUACUAUGACGAUGUUAAUUAAGAAGACCUUCCCUUGUAAUAAUUAUUUAUAUGAUGAACUCAAUUUCGAGUCGCUUCUUGUCUGAAAUAGGUACAGUACAAAAUUAGAGCAGUGUCCUGUAACAGUGGUAGAGGUAAAAAGGUAUAAGAGGCAUUUAUUUUCUCAAAAUUGAUUCCUUUAGAAUUCUUUUUGAUGUCAUUUCUAAUAUACUUGACACUACUACCGCUUCGGAAACAAAUGGCGCUCUGAGAGAGAAGAAACGGCGCAAGAAACUCUCCCAGCAUUAUUUUUUUAUCUAACGCAUAUGUAGUAUUGCACGGUUUGGUUAAUGUAUAUGUAUAGGUGACGUGAGACAUCAGACCUUUGUCUGAGAGUAACACACGUUUAAAACGGUGUGACUGUAGUAGACAUUUCGUUGAAGUAUAUUUUGUAUGUCGGUAUAAAAAUAUUAAUCGCACUAUUUGGUAUUAUCUGUAGACACGCGUAUGGCGUGAAAGGCUUUCUCGUUUCAUUCAUCUUAGACGCGCUAGACUUGAUGCCCUCAGGGCUAAGGCUGAGAUAGGUAGAAAAGAGAGAGAGGAAUUCUAUGAUCGUUGUAAAAAUAAUGGUAAUAUGCAAGUAACAAGACUAUUCAAUCACUGUGCAAUUAUAAUAUAUGAGCCACAUCCUGAGAGUGGAACAAGAUAUACUUACCAAAAUUUACGAUACAUGCGGUUCGCUGUAUUCCUAACAAAGAAUAAAGGGCUGUAAGUGACAACGGAUUUGUGAUUAGCGUAGGUUUAAUGAGCGCAUUAUAUUACUUAACAUUGUAACACUAUGACUAAUAUAAAUGUUAUUUAAUUUCUAUGUGAAUACUUAGCACGCCAUUUAGGCCUUUUUGAUGUCCAUAUUAUACUAUUCUAGCUAAGUAAGUUAGUUAGUGGCCAUCCGUAAAGUAUGUCACACGAAUUUCAUGAUUUUGCGUCCCCUCCCCAGUCGUUGUCACAGCUGGUCACAUUUGUCAGUCUCUCCCCCUCUCCUACCUAGUGUGAUGUCACAUAUUUCGUAAUAAUUUUAUUAGCAGCAAUGUUAAUUAUUUCUAUUUCGUGUUCCUCCGGGUUUCUCUCCCCGACCCUUGUCACACUUUGACGACCCCGUCCCCCCUCGUAACAUGUGAUGUAAUUUUUGGAUGGCCCCUUAGUGUACAAUAUUAAUAAUGCAACAAUUUAUUCUUAUAUCUAUUUACAAACAGGCCAUUAGUGUAUCUCUUAAUCUGUGUAACCUUAACUGCAUUGUUUUGAACUGACUGCCAAUUUACAUUCUCGAUAAGGAGGGUAGAGGUAAAAAGAACCGUCUGAGGUAGGUUGAAAAAUGUCCCGCUGUAUAAUGGCAAUAUAAAUCUUCCUAUUAUGGAGAUAAGACGUUAGCGUUCUAAUAGUUUCGAUAUGAACAUAGCUGUUGUAAAUGGUGUGAAGUUUACUGAUUUCAAUGAAGCCGGCUAGAUUAUAGUUACCGCAACGGCGCCUAUCUCUGCGGUGAAGCCUUAAUGUGUAAGCAUUAUUGUGUUACUGGCCAAAUUAGACUUAAGUUAUAUCUCAAGGUGACGAGCACAUUAUUGUGGUGCAGCUCAGAAUUUUUCAAGAAUUCUGAGUGGCACUGCAUUGUAAUGGACAGGGCGUAUUAAUUAACAUCAGCUGGAUGUCCUGCUCGUCUCGUCUCUUGCUGUCAAAUAUAUAUUAAAAGUUCGCCAAAACAAAGAGGAAAUUGUUCAUUUCUCUAUCUUAAUCUAAUUACGUUUAGCGCGUCUUUAAAAAUUAUCGUUGUAAACCGCAGCGCCACCCUAAUUGGACGCGUUUUACGGACACUUUUUCAUAAAUAGAUGUGGUUCUUACCUCUACCCUACAUAACUCUUAAUUAAACUUGUUUUACGAAUAAGUGGGACGACGCCUAAGACCAUAGACAAGAUGAUUUUUGACAGAAGAAACUUCAAACUACAAAGAUGUCUAUGGAAUAGACAUUAGUUAUCAAUAUGUAUCUAAUAAUGAUAGCCUGACAACUUGUGAAUGUAAUUUACCUUGACUUAAAUUAUUUACUCUUUGUACACCGACUUUAACCGUGCUAAAUUGAAUGAAGGUGCGUGUUAGUUGCCCAUUAAAACCCGGCCAUAACGGACAAAAGAAAAACCCUUAGAUAAUUUAUGCGUCUAGAUUGACUUUGACAGCUGUGAAAACGUCGAAAAAUAUUGAAGUUGCCAGUUAACCUUUAUUUGUGCAAUGCUGCGUGCACCAACACAAAGUGACAUGCAAAUGGCGAGUGUAAGACAUAGCUUGUUACGCACACUAAAGUAAUAAACCUGGCCUGUUUUCAUCGGAUGUCUUACAGCAAUCUAGUAUCUAAGAAAAAAACAUACAAAUCAUUGUUGGUUCAGCCUAUAAUUACGCGUGUAAACAUCAAGUCCAACCAUUUAUCAAUUUUGAACGACAUUUAACAUUAAUAAAGCAUAAAUAUUUUCUUCAUGAUAAAUAAUAAGCAAAUUAUUUCGUUUUGACAAACUUUUGGUUUACUAUAUUAGCUGGCAACACUUAAAUGCCAUAUCUAGAAUUAUUACCGUCUUACAGUUGAUUAAGCGGCAAAUAUUGUACAACAUUUUGUUCAGUCCGUCCCUAGGUCGGUAGAAGAUGAAUAAUUUUUUAAUAUCCAUUUACCCAACUAUCUUAACUUUUUCACUUAAGGUCUAUCGAUUCCUAGGAGUAAUAUAAGACAUCCUUGCACGUUACAAGGUAUUUCUUUAGAUCAUUUAUAGGCCUAGAUAGACUGGCAGCUGUGAAAACGUCGAAAAAAGAAUGAAGUUGACGGCUAACCUCUAUUUUGAGCAAUGCGUGCAUUAACACAAAUGGCGAGUGUAAGACGUAGCUUGUCACGCACACUAGAGUCCUAAACCUGGCCUGUUUUCAUCGGUUGUCUAGCAGCAAUAGCCUAUCUAGACGUAUAAAUUGUCAAAGUGUAUUUCUUUAAAGUUAUUUGUAAGGAACUUAUGUAUCUGUUAGUCGAGUUCUAAAUGUGUAAUAAUAAUAAUAAUAACAUGCAUUUGAUGGUGACGUUACGUUUAAUUUUUUAUUUUAAUGUUUAAUCGUAAGUGUAUGUAUAGUGUAAAAUAGCAUCUAUUAACUACAGGUUCAAACAGCGAGACGUGAUACUAUCGUUUGUAUGACAUUAAAGGUCAUGGUUGCAUGCACUCGCAUUGUCUUACAGGGGAGAUGUUGCAAAACUUCACAACAAGUGGCACUUAUAUGUAAUUUUCUAUACCGUUUAAUAUCCAAAAGUAUAAGGCUUUGCAACACCUUGAGCGGAAUCGUACAGUGCACGUAAGUAAUUGGGUCGCAUUGUCACAUCGAGGGCUGGCGAAAAUUGAGACUUAACAUAGAUUUUCAAGUUUCCGGUUCUCUGACGUGUUUGUUGUACUACUGUACUAGAGCGCGCGAAUCGACGCACGCACACAUACACACGAUAUACACGGCCGCUAAGCAAUCUUGGUAACACAAAACUAGUUAAUCUUUUUCUUCGUAAUUUUUUUUUUGUUGUACCAACCCUAGCGCUCCGUCCAGACGUAGGUAUAAAUUUCGAGGAGACGGCUGAGUUACGCUACUGUACUAUUACUUACAUUGUGUUUGUGACGCGUUUAUAUCAGCGUACCGCUUUACAUUCCUGCCAAGUCGUAUUUAAAUAGUACAUUGUACACAUGUAGAAACAGGAGAAUGUUGGCUAUAUCAACGAUAGCUUAUUUUAGGCACGAGGUGAACCCGAGGGCAAAACACCCUAGUAGGCUUUCUUUGAGCACUUUUUUCCGAGUACUGUAGUAUGAUAAUAAUGUAUAUAAUAUCCGUUUCAUAAAUGAAAGAGCUCUUUAAAAUGUUUUUUUUUAAAAGAUUAAAUGUGUCACAUAGUUCGAAUCAUAUACUUAGAAUAUACUACGGUAUAGAUGACCUGGCAGCCCGUUAAUUCGUGAUCAAUUAAAUUUAUCAAUGUGUGCGUUAGCUUAGUUAGGUGGGUGACGUGGGUACGUUACCCACUAGGGUAUAAUAUUCAAUACACUAAGGAGAUAAUGACAACAGUGACUGACAAGAAUUCGCUUACCUUUUCUAUCUUGCUGAAACCCCGUCAUAGGUGUUUAACUCUCUCUCGCACGUCUUGUAUAUCUUCAAAAUAUAUAGUAACCAAAUAAAAAAUAAGUUCAUGUUAGAAAUGAAGUUUUCAAUGGGCUGGAAAAAGAAUCAAAAUGGAGGUAACAUCUUACCUGCAUCAAUUAAUUUUUGCCUAUUAAACUAACAGGGCUUUUCUUGUAAUCGAGUACUUAUAUUGAAAAAUAUUUUUAUUGUAUUUUGGUUAGAGCUGAUGCUCGUUUCGAAUCCUCUAAAAUAUGAAAAUAAUAUUAAUAAUAAUAAUACCUGAAUGAAGGAGACUAGGAAUUCUAUAUAAUUAAUAUCUGGCAACACAAAAUAAUAACUAAUUAAAUGUAUCAUGUCUGGCUGCUAGACCUGUGAAGUACAAUUUAGUCGAUUUAUACUUAAUUAAUAUUUACUUGGUGCCCGUGCUUUUGUUUUUUUUUAUUAAUCUGUAAUUAUUAAUUCCUUGUUGCGAAAAUUAUGUAAAUAUUUUGUUACAACGACAAAUGUCUUUAUAUUUUAUUUGUUGAUGAAAAAUUCCUGGCAAAGUUUAGCUUUUGUAUAUAAUCUUUUUUAUUUGUGAUAUUUUAUUCUACACAAAAUCCAAAAAAAUAUUGCCAACUGAGAGUUCGGUAAUUACAGUCAUAAAUAUUAUCUUUUGUAACGAUAAGUUGUGAAAUAAAAGUAAUUCAAAAAUGU